AUGAAUACCAGGCCCCCGAUAGAGGCUUCCCAUGAGCCGACCGUGCUAUCCGUUGCCUUUAACAAUGAUGCCAGCCGCUUCAGCAUCGGUCUUAAUACCGGCCUCUGCGUAUUUCACACCUCGUCGUGUACUCUCAACAUGUCUCGUGAGUUUAACGGAGGCCUGGCUCUAGUGCAGAUGAUGGGCAGUUCCAACUACAUUGCACUGGUUGGAGGAGGACGAUCACCAAAGUAUCCCAACAACAAGGUCAUGAUCUGGGACGAGAUCAAAGGAAAGGUGGCCCUGGAAAUCACUGCCCUCACUCCCAUCCGUGGAGUCCAGUUGACCAGAAAACACGUCGCUGUGGUACUACAAAAUAGCGUUCGGCUUUACGAAUUCACGAAACAACCCAGGCCCCUUGCAACGUAUGAGACGACAGAUAACCUUCUCGGCCUGUGCUGUCUUACUGAGCGGCUGCUCGUCUUUCCAGGCCGGACGGCGGGGCAAGUCCAAGUUGUCGAGCUGGCUACGGAGAAUGUGAGCAUUAUUCCGGCUCACACAUCGCGACUCCAGGCAUUGCAACUAUCCACGGACGGCGAACUACUGGCAACAGCGAGCGAGAAGGGAACCAUCAUUCGUGUCUUCUCAACAUCCAGCUGUGCCAAGAUUGCAGAGAGGAGGCGAGGCAGCGAGUUUGCACAAAUCUAUUCAUUACGAUUCAGCCCCAGCGGGCAGAUGCUUGCUUGCACAAGCGCCAAGGGCAGUCUGCAUGUCUUUGAUGUCUCAGCUCCGGGAAGAACCAACCUGCUUGGAUCGAGUCCUCCAACACAGUCACCAGCAGCAGCAACCGGAGCAACCGCGAAUGCAGGCGAUGCCAGUACAAAUAGAUGGGGCUUCCUCUCCAACAUUCCGUUUGGACCUUUCCAGGACACAUAUUCAUUUGCAACGGCAAAGUUCGAGCUUGGUGACGAGCCGCUAGGCGCUGCUGCCACCGAGAGCACAGCAGUUCUUGGCACGACACGACCCAUAAAAGGCGUCAUUGGUUGGGCAGAAGAGGAGUGCCUAGUCGUUGUGGGCGCAGGGCAGGACGCUCGUUGGGAAAGGUUCAUGUUAACUACAGACGAAGGUGGUGCCCGAGCCCUGGUCCGGCGAGGAUGGAAGCGGUAUCUCGGCGGCGGAAGUUAG